AUGGCCUCUGGCCAACCCUUCGCGUCGCGUUCCUACGCGGGCACGAAACUGCCCGACCGCUCCAACACAAACGCCAUGCCCUUCAGCGCCUCGUCAUUCUCACGGCACCGCGGACUAGGAAAUACCACCCAGGGAGACUUCAACGGCCCCGAGACCUCAAAGCAGAUGCAACAGUCUGCGCCGGCGCCCGCGACAAACGCGCAAUCCCACGGUGCAGCGCAGGAUACGAAUCCGCUGAACCGACUGACGGAAGAACAGAGGGAAGAGAUCAACGAAGCUUUCACGCUGUUCGAUCUCGACCGCGACCGCCACCUCGAUUACCAUGAGCUCCGCGUUGCGUUCCGCGCUCUGGGCUUCACACUCAGCAAACAGGAGCUGAUCUCGCUGUUGACUACAUACGGCGUGCCCCGACCACAGGUUCAGCAACAACAAGCUGGUAACCAGCAGGUCCAACAGACUUCGAAUAAAGGCCCCGUUUCGAACCCCCAGCACCCCUCCAAUCUGCUCAUGCCGCUCUCGUCGUUCCAGGCUGUGACGGCGCUGAAGAUUCUGGAGCGGGAUCCGCGUGACGAGAUCCUGCGCGCGUUCGAGCUGUUCGAUGAGGGUGCUAAGGGAUUCAUCGAUCUUGAGGAUUUGAGACGCGUUGCGAGGGAGCUCGGAGAGACGGGGUUGGAAGAGGAGGAGCUUAGGGCUAUGAUUGAGGAGUUUGAUCUUGAGGGGGUUGGUGGUGUUACUCGUGAAGCUUUUGUUGGGAUUUGUUGGCAAUGA